UUUAAAUAAAAACGCAACUCUCCAAUCACCAAACCCAGAAUUCUCCACACAGGAAAUUUCGCAGAAAUUAUAUUUUCUCAACCUAUGGCUUUGCUCCAAGUAUAUAUGGAAAAAAAAUGCAUCCUCCCUUUUCAUUCCCGUCUGAUAAAAUAUUUGAAGAAUGGAUGGAGUGUCACUACCAACGAGCAUGGUGAGUCGAAAAGGAAGGCCUAAUUGGAUGGAAGAGAGAAGAGGGUCUCUAAUGGUGGUGGCCACUGUUCUUGCAACAAUGAGUUUCCAAAUCGCCAUAAACCCUCCGGGGGGUGUUUGGCAAUCUACCUCGUAUGCAGAACAAGGUUGUGAACCUGGUACGACAUGUCACGCAGGUACUUCAGUUUUGGCCUUUGGCGACAGCAACCAAAGGACAAAAUUUGAGAUAUUCAUGCUGUUGUGUACCAUCUCUUUCUCAGCAUCUCUCAGCACAAUCAUAUUACUCAUCUGUGUAGUUUCCCUUCGCAACAACCUUAUCAUGUGGUUCCUCACCAUUCUCAUGUUCAUCUCACUAGUUUGCACAGCAGGAGCCUAUGCAAUUUGCAUUUGGAUGAUAUUGUUUCCUCUUGGUGAUGCAGUUCAAGUCGUCACCAAAUAUUAUGCAUGGUUUUGGGUAGGGUUUACUGUUUUGGUGUGUGUGGGUUUCUUCUGUCGCCUUGUGUUUUGGUUUCUGAAGAAGUUUUUCCGCUUCUUGUGUUGCCGCUAGAAGACUGUAGUUUGUAGAAUCCAAAUCUCUAACAUUGAAAAAACCUGCUACAGGAACUGUUUGAGCUUGGUUUAAAUGUAUAUGGUGACACUAUUUUGUAUCUUAAGUUUCAGGUCAGGGAAUGAUGGAGUGUUGAGAAUAUUAAGUAAUAUUUAUAAAAUAGAAGUGGUAUUUUAUUAGUGUUAGAAAGUGUUGAAUGAGAAAUUGGAUAUUUAUGUAUCA